GGAAGACACACGUGUGUUGAUACAGCUACAGUUCCUUUAGCUAAGCGUGUGAGACGGGUGUACGGUGGUGUAUUAACCCUAACAGACAUGUCUUCGUUUAGAAAAGCUUUGAAAUCCAAACAGCGGGAUCACAAAGAGCGAUCUCAGCCUGGAUUGAGGAAACAUUUAGGACUCUUGGAGAAGAAGAAGGACUACAAACUCCGAGCAGAUGACUACCAUCGCAAACAGAAAACCCUUAAUGCCUUGCGCAAAAAGGUGCUGGACAAGAACCCAGAUGAAUUCUACUACAAGAUGAUUAACACUCAGUUAAAGGAUGGAGAGCAUGUGAUUAAACAGAAAUCGGAUAAGAUAACCGAGGAACAGAAGAAAGUCAUGAGAACUCAGGACAUUGGAUAUGUGGAAAUGAAGAGGGUGGCUGAGUCUAAGAAAAUUGAAAGAUUAAAGUCUGAACUGCAUUUUCUGGAUGCCGAAAGUGAACAGAAAAACUCGCAUGUCUUUUUUGUGGACACCAAAAAGGAAGUGAUUGAUUUUAACCUGGCCACACACCUAAACACCGUGCCUGAGCUAAUCAACAGAGCUUAUAACAGACCUACACUGGACACGUUGGUGAAGAAGAGCAUUCAGGGGGCUGUGAUCCCAAAGACUAUAAAAAAACUGGCCAAACAGCGAAAGGUUCAGUAUGAAGAACUGUCCCAGCGUAUCGACAGAGAGAAAAAAAUGUUUACCAUCAGUCAGAAGAUCCAGACCCGCAAAGAUCUUCAGGACAAGAACAAGAAAGUAAAAGUGAGGAAUGAGACAUCCACUGCUCCUGCCAUCUACAAAUUUGAGGCCAAAAGGAAAAGAUAACACACGCAUCCCGCACCAGUGAAGAUGUAUUAUUUCAAGGAGAGACAUUCACAUGCUUAAAACAACACACAGCUGAGCUUGAGCUCAAACCAAUGAGUUAAUAUGUAUCAUUUUAAUCUACUGCAUGUAGGAAUAUUGUACAUAUUGGGCUUUCUUGAUCGAUUGGGAAAGUCACAUUGCAGCUCACUGGAUUCACGGGCCACAUACAAUUUGGUUGUAACCUUUAUUUUGGAAAAGCUGCUGUUUUGUAAUGUUUGUAUAUAUCUAGGAUAAUGGAGCUCGUUAUGAUUGUGGUUUGUACUGAAAUAAAACCUUGUGUAAUAA